UCUGUAACAUUUGCUGUCAGACAUUUGUUAACAAACAAGAGUUUUUCGCUGAGUUUUUUCCGAUUUUUACUUUUUUCUCUAGAUGUAAAUAAAAAUGAGUUUACACAAAGCCAGGAUAAUAGCAUUUGAAGAAGUUUUGGAGGAAGAUGUUGUUGACAUUGAAAAGUUGAGAAAACUAGCAUUUAAUGGAAUACCUGAUGAAAAAGGCUUGAGGUCACUUGUGUGGAAAAUAUUACUGCUGUACCUCCCUCAUCAAAAGAGCUCAUGGAGAACAACCCUCAUUGAAAAAAGGCAACACUACAACCAUUACAUAAAUGAAAUAAUAGUCUCACCAGGAGGUCCAACCGACCAUCCACUAAACAUCAGCCCGGAUAGCUCGUGGAGUACCUACUUCAAGGAUAACGAAGUUCUGCUACAGAUUGACAAAGAUGUGCGGAGACUAUGUCCCGAUAUAUCAUUUUUCCAAUCCGCCACAGAAUUUCCAUGUGAAGAAAUAGUGAACAGUAACGGCGUCAAAAGAUUACAUAAAAGAGUUGAGCAGUCUGUCCUAAAGUACUCAACUUUAGAAAGACGAGGCCUCGGAGUUGCUAAGUUAAGCAACGAAAUCCGUCGGUCGGACAGCGUGCACAGCGGUGAUUACGCGCCUCUGAAUGAGGGCUGCGAGGCUCACUGGGAGGUGGUCGAGCGAAUGCUGUUCCUUUACGCCAAGCUCAACCCCGGCCAGGGGUACGUGCAAGGAAUGAACGAAAUUAUCGGACCCAUUUACCAUACCUUCGCCAUAGACCCCGAUAAGGAAUUUAGAAAACAUGCUGAAGCGGACUGUUUCUUCUGCUUCACGAACUUGAUGGCGGAGAUCCGGGACUUCUUCAUACGCACCCUGGAUGAGUCCACCAGCGGCAUCAACUAUGUCAUGACAAAACUCGCCGAUUGUGUGAAGAAAAACGAUCCUGCCGUCUGGAGUUUGCUAGAGUCGCAGGAAUUAAGACCUCAAUAUUACAGUUUUAGGUGGCUGACGCUGUUGCUCUCCCAAGAGUUUUCAUUACCAGAUGUGGAAAGAAUUUGGGAUUCCAUGUUUGCUGACGCACAAAGAUUUGAUUUUCUAAUAUAUAUUUGCUGUGCCAUGAUUUUGUUGGUAAGAAACGACUUGCUUAGUGGAGAUUUUGCUUCUAAUGUGAAACUGCUUCAAAACUUCCCACCGAUGGAUGUAUCUUUGAUUUUAAACAAAGCUGUUGAAAUAUCAAAUAAUCGAUAAAUAUUACUUUGAUUAUUCUUUACUAACUUUUUAUAUCCAAAUCUUUUAUAUUCAAGACUUAGAAUAUACUUUUAUUAUGCAUUUUAUACCUAUGGUGUUGUUAUUAUAAAAAGACAUUUGGAUGUAACUUUUGGAUCGAAUAUUUUUUUAUUUAUUAUGUAGAAUUGUUGUACUGUAAGGCCUAAUGUUCGUUGUAAACCAAUUUACUCCCGAAUUACUGAAAAUCAAUUAUUAGGAUAAGUAUAAUAAUCGAUUAUGUAAUUAUAAUUUUUUGUACAGUCGUUGCGAUGAAAUAUGACCUUCCAGCCUAAUGUAACGAGGAGAUGUACAGGUCAGCAUGAGCAAUGUACAUUUGGUCACGGUGACAAUAAAUACAGUUUCGUGACGUUACCAGAGAGCUCAUGGACAAAAUACUGACAAUACUUUUGUUAGCCGGCCAUUAUGUUCAACAUCACGUAAUCAAAAGGUAACAUACUUGUUCAUAGCUAUAUGUAUAUAUAUAUAGCCGGCUUACCCAGCUACUUUUACAGAUUGUACUUAAUAUGAGUGAUAGAACAAUCAUGGUGAAAAUCGUGAGCAUACCGUGUUUGAAGAUGUUACGUCGCAAGGACUGUUAUCGUAGGUUUUAAAUUUUAUGCCAUAAUUAUGUAGUUACCCCAUCCGUUUGCAAGAGUUAGUAGUUAGAGCCUUGAUUCAUGAUCUAUUCCUUUUUAUAUAUUUACGGGUAAUCACAAAACAGUACCUAUUUCAAAUAACUGCUUACUCAAUGGAAGACAGUGGCUAUUUGAAUGUAUUGAUGUAUGUAGAUGCAUUUAAAAAUAUAAUUGUCUUGUUAUUCAUACGAUCUUCGUGUUUAUCAAGAAAAUAUUUAAUAUGUAAAAAUAAUGCCUAUUCUUCAUCAUGACGCUGCCAUUUCUCCGAAACUUGACUCCCCACGGUUGUCACGAAAAGCUAUUGAAUGACAAUUCAAAUUAAAAUGUAGUAUGUAAUCAAAAUUUUCCUUGCUAUACAUAUUAAAUACUAAUUGUAUGUUUUAUUAGCUGUAUGUGAAUAUUAUAUAAUUAUAAUAUCGAAUAGUUUGUCUGAAUGGUACGCUUGCGUAUUGCGAGUACCAUUAUAAUAUACAUUAAACCUAUGGGAGUAAAAUAUGUACGUAUAUUUUUUGUUGUCGUUGACAUUUAACAGAAUCACUUACAAAACAUCAUAAUUUUCAUGAUUACCUGCAACUACUGAUCUGGAGUUUUUCAUCUAUAGUAGUAUUACCAGGUGAAAAGUUUGUUUGAAUUUGCAAUUGUCAGGAACUAUUGGGCCUACUCUUUUUCCAGGUUCCGCGAAGUAGGUCCCUCGUGACGCGGAUGAAGCCGCUGGCGGAAGCUAGUAUCUAUAUGUUAAAUAAUUGUGGAUAGUAAUAAAUGCAAAGAUUGUUGUUAUCGCUUAGUUACCGUCCGAGGUGACAAGAAGUAACAGUUCUCUAGAUGCGCCAUUAUAAAACAUGAAGCAUAUUGCAAGAUUCAUUAAAAGACAUUUCUUUGACUUUGAA